AUGUACAUUAGUCGAAUACCUGGAGAUUAUUCAAUCUAUGCCUUUGAUUAUGAUUCUGCUAAAGAUCGACUCAUUGCGCUAGUUUAUCCAGCUGGAUUAACGGAUCACGUCUGGUACUUAGUGGAAGUCAUUAUGACAGCAAAAGGUGAACUUAAAUUUGAUCGCAUUGGUAAAAGUGAAAUUCCAUUUGAGAAAUCUUUUUGGUCAACAAACUAUGCACUCGAUGCAGAAAAACGUCUACGGGUUACACUAUGGGGCACAACAGAUGACAAAAAGAAUCAUUUUUUUGUAUUCAAUGUCGAUAAUGUAAAAAUUGUUGAACAAAUGACAGCAAAUCUGACUGAAUUAAGUAAUCUUGCUUGCUUCGAUUCAAUUUGA